AUUCAAUUGAUCAAUUCUAGUUCAAUAAGAAAGUUGAUUUUUUUUUAAAUAGUUUUUGGCGGUGUAAUUUGUGUGUAAUUCAUGAAGUUCCCUGUGGCCUAGUGCCUAACUGCCUACCAUAAUGGUUAUAAAUGAAUAGAUAAACCACACAUUUGUGGUUUGUGAUUCUCAAUCGUAUUUUAUGUAUGACGAUUUUAAAAAUUUUGUUGAUUUAUACACGAACAUUUGAUGUCGGUUUCUUUGACCUCAAAUGAGUUCUUACGGAGUAGGGAUUCAUAUCGUCCCUGUAUUGAUACUUAACGUUGUGAUUGCCCGUUGUAUUCCCGUGACGGAUUAUCUUCAAUUGAAGAGAUAAGACUGGCGAAGAUAUGGCUCGUAUAACUGUGUUGUAUUAUUCUUAACAGUACAACAAACGGUGAAAUGGAGAAUACAUUUUGGUUUGGAUAUAAGUUUGAGAAACUCUUCUUUCCUUUCGUUAACAUCGAAACAUAUGGAGAGUUUAUAUUAGCUUGUGCUGGUAUCAUCAUACUUACCCUUAUAUUCGAGAUCCUUAAAAUCUUUGAGGUGAAGACAAAAUUGAACAACAUAAUUUCUCUACAGAAACUUUCAGAAAAUUCAAAUGAUACAAAUCAAUUACUGGGGCAAAUUUCUUUCCAAAGCGACAUUAGAAAAAGGUUGCUCUGUUUGGAGACAGGAAUAUACGUUAUAGAACUGACAGUUGGGUAUAUGAUAAUGAUGAUCGUGAUGACAUAUAAUGUCUACUUUUUCUUUAUUGUUAUCGGGGUCACUUCCCUUGUCUACUUCUUCAUGGGGCAGUACAUCAUGAAUUUCAAGUUGCAGUUGACAAAACUGACCAAGGCCGAUGAUGCGGGUUUGUGCAUGGAGCCAGAUGAUGCGACGUCUGUCGAUGACUCGACGUGUGCAGUAAGCAUGCAAAAACCUCACACAGUUCACAUGUAAAAAAAAAUAUUUUUUUAUUGUAUUAAUAAUGUUAAGCUUUAUAAUUAGGAUUGUGAAUAUUGUAAUCAAACAAAUUUAUGUUACCAAAUCAGAUUUUAAAUAACCAGCAUUUAAUUGCUAACUAAUAUGUGAUAAUCAAUUUUAUUUUAAACGAUCUGAUCUAGAAAUUUCAGUAUAGUCUAGAAGAAAACUUAUAGUUUUAUAUUUGUUGGUGUGGUUUAGAAGUUAAGUUUUAUUUUUAAAUUAUUUCAUUAUCAAGCAUACAUUUGCAAAAUUAGAACUUUCUUUUUAUAAAUAUAAUUUUAUAGAUAAAACUUAAUAACUAGAUGGUAGGCAACUUGUGCGGUGGCAGUAUUGUUAAUCAACAUUGUUCUACUGAGAUGUGAUUAUUGUUGCUGGUCAAAAUUUACAGAAAGAAAUUUACAGUCUCUGUCAAUAAAUGUCAAUUAUCAGGUUUA